AUGGCUUCUGUCAUUCCGAGCGUCACACCCAACGCUCGAUCGACACUCCAAAGAGAGUACUUUACAUCUGAACUGUUUGUCAACCCUGCACGCUCAGAUAUAGAAGACCUGUUGGCCUCUUUUGAGGAAGCAGUCGAGCAGCCUCUAAAACCCUUUGACAUAUUCAAGACUGUAUGGUCACAAGAGGGCUGGAAAUUCACCUGUCUAUACAUUUGGGAAGACACGGCGCGAGACCAGUACCUGCAGACCAUGUUUCGUUUGUUUCUCGAGCGUGUCAAGGACAGUGAAUCCUUUGCUAGGCAGCUCGGUGCGGUUUUUGGCCUCUACACGUUCUUUCAGCAGCAGGCCACGAUCAAGUCUUUAUACAGCGUGUCCAGCAUCGAGAUCACGAUAGACAAGCUGGAAUACCUCUGUUCGCUCUGCAAGGAGAGCCCAGUGGCACACCAACCAUACUACGUAUUUAUUCUGCGAUACUUUCUGGAACGUGAUAUAUUUCACAUAUUACCUCACUCGUCACUUCAACCGUAUAACCCAACGAGGCUCCCAGCCUCGUUUGUCGUGUCUCGCGAAUCGUCCAGUGGUGCAGACGCCUCGUCGCAUGGGGGGAAUUCGUCCAAGACCACGAGGGGUGGACGCACCAAAGCCGAACGGGAUCGAUAUGGGCGAGAGCAAUGGGCCCAACUCGGCUCGCUCGUAAGACUACAACGACAACGACAAAAGGGAGAGGUCGACGACGUGGAGAUAGCCGUCGGUGCGCAACCCCACUCAGAUGCCAACAAGAACACAAGUGGCAGUACGCCCUUUCCCGACAAAGACUCGAGCGCGGUGGUGUAUCGGGAGGCAAAGAGCCGAGUGCUCGAGGUACUUCCGAAAGAAGUGGAGAGGGAGGCAGAACAACGCGCUCUCCAGAGGCUCAAGACUCUUGCGUCCUCUGUGGAAAGCGAUGUGCACUCAGGACUAAAGAAGCAGCGUUUGAUGGAAACGGAUGAUUCGAUGAUGGAGAUGGAGAGCGUGACGGCGGCGCAGAAGGAUAAUCAGAGGCAAAGGGAAGAAGGAGACGACGAGGGAGGCAUGGUUUCACAAGCGCACAAGGUUUCGCAUGCUUCCGACGGCGUCGCGCGGCUGGAAAACAUGAUCAAGAAUGGGCAUGGUGUUCUUCGGAAUCAAUGGGCCCACGAAUAA